AUGGCGUCGUGGUACAAGGGCCUCAUCUCGAAUGCGUCGACCAACAUAAGCAAGCUCCAGCGCACCUACUUUGGCGGCGAGAGCGACGGCGACACCGAGGACGACACGCACGUGUGCCGCGUGCUGCGCAACUACUACACGGAAAAGGGCCAGCCCUUCCCCGGCUGGCUGCCCCCAGACCCCAAAGCCCCGCCGCCCCAGCAGCCCAUCUACGCCCAGCAGCCCGGCCAGCAGAUCGGCAGCCGCUACGGCGGACUCGCGCAGGAGAAGCUGAAGCAGAGGCUGUGGGGCGCAGCGCGGUCGGCGUCGGCGAGCCCGGCCGGCUCG